ACAAGAGUACAAUGCCGUCUGUGUUUACUUUUGCUUGGUGUGGUUAAGCACCACAUAUCUGUUUAUGAAUAUAUUUAUAAUGCGGGUGUACACAAUAGUUCUACCAGCAAAUGCUAGUCCAAGUAGCACACUUUGUCGUCAAUUGCGUUCUCAUUUUUUUUAGUGUAGCCAGUUAGAUACCUUAGCAAGCUAGUCAUGGAUUUCGAGGGGGAAAAAACAAAACCUGACAAGGAGUCCUCAAUUAAUGAUAUAAUUAUAUCUGCCGAUGUGCCCAAGCCACCAUCAAUCGAAGACUUUAUCGUGGUAAAGCCUAUCAGUCGCGGAGCUUUUGGUAAGGUCUAUCUCGCAAGAAAGAAAUGCAACUCACGGUUGUAUGCAAUCAAGGUCGUAAACAAGGCCGACAUGGUUGAUAAAAAUAUGACAGAGCAGAUGAGGGCAGAGCGAGAUGCUUUGGCCCUCAGCAAAAGUCCUUUUGUGGUGCACUUGUUCUACUCCCUGCAAACAUCAACUAAAGUGUAUCUGGUGAUGGAAUAUCUAAUUGGUGGUGAUGUGAAAUCAUUACUUCACAUUUAUGGAUAUUUCGAUGAAGACAUGUCUCUAAAGUUUAUAUCAGAGGUUGCACUUGCUUUGGAUUAUCUUCAUCGCCAUGGAAUAAUUCACAGGGACCUGAAACCUGACAACAUGUUGAUCUCUAACGAAGGACACAUCAAGCUAACAGACUUUGGCCUUUCAAAGGUUAAGCUGGAAAGAGAGUUAAGCCUGACCGAUAUCCUUACCACACCCUCCUUGGCAAAGCCAAACAAGGAUUAUUUUCGGACACCUGGUCAAGUGCUGUCACUGAUCAGCUCCCUUGGACUAAACACUCCAUUGAUGGAAGGAAAACGGCACUGCAGUCUGUCAGAUGUGUCCACCUCCAAGACCUGCGGGAAGCUGGAGAUGCGGAAGACCUCGCUCGGCUCCCCUCGCGAGAGGAGGAGGAACAGCAGCUUCAGUUCCCCCAUGUGCUCCACACGAGCCUUAGGCCGCAGCAGUAUGUUCAGCUCUGCAGUGUUGGCCAGAAGCCUCACGCCCAAGCUGAUGAAGUCCAGACAGCGCUGUGACACACAGAGCACUGGGAGCAACCUGUCAUGCCUCUGCCCCUCUGCCACAGACUCUGAGAGCUGCAUCAGUCCUCUGUGGGAAGACUUGGAAUGCCAAGAAUCUCAGAACGUUCCCCCUGAGGAAGGCAAAGAUCAGCUGAGCAUAGCUGGGAAGAUUGACGCUCCCCUUGCGUCAUCAGAGCGAAUCCCUGGACGCGACAAUGCUCUCAUGUCACUUGGCAACCAGGACCUCAGGGCACACCCAAUAAGAGGACAGCUGGACUUUGCCUCUGCAGGGCCGAUCCAGGGAGGAAAAAUCAACAUCUCGACCGGCAAGCGGCUCCAGUUCGACAAGGAGGACUGCGCCCCCGCUAACCCAGCGGGAUGUGCUCGUUGGAGAGCCGGCGUGUCCACUCCUGUGCCUAGCCGAGGCGGGGCCGUCGUCCCACCUGCCGCCAAGUCGGCCAAGCGCAUCUUUGAGGAGGUGGACAGGAGCCCCGAGGCCACGGGGCUGCAGGCCAAACGGGGCGACACAGACUUCCAGCGGAGCUCACGGGUGCCCGGGGACGAGGACGGGAGGUACAGCACGGGGCUGACGGGGCUCUUCUCCACCGUGGGGCUGGAGGCGCGUCAGGGCGGGUCGGGAGGCCAGCGGGAGGCGAAGAGACCCGGGCCGACGCCGUCCAGCUCGGCCGAGGUGGCCAAGAACCUCCUCUGCGAGCUGGAGGACCCCGGAGAGGAGGCGGUUGCCGUGGCAGCGGCGGAGGGGAGCUUCUCCUCCUCGUACGGCGACGGCCAGGACGUGCACAGGAACCUGAGCUUGGAUUCCGAGAGCUCGGCCCACGACAUGUCCAUCAUCGGCUCCGACCCGGUCGUGCCGCCUCCGGCCGAGAGCCCCAAAGAAGCGCUGUCCUCGUCGCUGGAGGAGCUGGACGACCAUGACCUCUCGGCCUGCUUCCCCCUGGCGGCCGCGCCGCCGCCCGCCUCCUCCGCCCCGAUCACCGUGCCCACGUCGGGGGCCGCCUCCGGGCGGCGGGCGCAGCAGCAGGAGUCGUCGUCGUCCAGCGGCCUCCUGUUCCAGCGGCGGCUCCUCGGCCGGUCCGGCAACGCCGCCAAGUCGCCGUCCUUCCUGCGGCCGCGGAACGUGGUGGCCUUCCGCAGCUACUGCAGCUCCAUCAACCGCUCCAGCCUGUCCUGCUGCUCGCGCCUCAGCCUCGGCUCCGUGGAGCCCAUGGACACGUCCGCCUGCACCUCCUUCCUCAGCGCCGUCACCACCCCCGUCCAGAAGAAGAGGCCCAGCUUCGGGAGCUCCGUGCAUCAGACUCCAACCCCGAUGGCCAUGGUGCACACCCCCUUCAGGACCCCCAAGAGUGUCCGUAGGGGUGCGGAGCCCGUGCAGAGUGCCCCGAUCCUGGGCACCCCGGAUUACCUGGCCCCUGAGCUGCUCCUGGGGAAACCACAUGAUGUGAUGGUGGAUUGGUGGGCACUUGGAGUCUGCCUGUUUGAGUUCCUCACAGGGAUCCCUCCGUUUAAUGACGAGACCCCUCAGCUGGUGUUCCAGAACAUUCUGAACAGAGACAUCCCUUGGCCUGAUGCUGAAGAGGAAAUAUCCCUCAAUGCCAGAGAUGCCAUAGAGAUUUUGCUAAACAUGGACAUGGCCAAGCGUGCAGGCCUGAAAGAGCUCAAGGUGCACCCCUUUUUUGAGGGGAUGGACUGGGAGAACCAGCAGAACCAGAAGAUGCCCUUCAUCCCUCAGCCUGAGGACGAGACGGACACUUCCUACUUCGAUGCCAGGAACACGGCUCAGCACCUGGCCCUCUCAGGGUUCAGUAUGUAGUGGACGGCCUGGGCUGGAUGUCUGGUACUUUCUUUCCUAGUCUCCUAGAUCAUGUGCACCCCAAUUCAUGGGUUUCAUCCAGUCCCUUUCCACAGGUGUAUACAAUCAAGCACCUUGAUUAUGAAUGCAGCCUGCAUGGUGCUUGAUUAAUACACCUGUGGAAAGGGACCUGAUGAAACCCAUGAAUUGAGCAUUAAGAGAAAGCACACCUAUCUGUAUACAUUUAAAUAUGGAUAGUGUAUUCUGAUGAAGGUUGUGUUGACUCAGAAGUAGUAUUAUAAAACAUGGUUUGUUAAAAAAAUAUAGACGUUGUAUAUAUUUUCUUAGUGAGAGAAAAUCAAUUUUAAUAUAUCUAUUUAAUAUACAUAUAUAUCAUUUGUUAAACAUGAGUGUUGGUGCUAGUUGAGAUGUAUGUAUCGCUUUGUUUUCUUAAAGGUAUUUUUAGAGCAUUCCUUUUUCUUUUCUUUCAAUAUGUUUUGUGAAGCCCUAUACUGUACUCGUUUAUCCUUUUGGAUUAAGUCUUAAAACACUGUUAUUUUACUGUUUUAUAACAUGUAAGUGCUUGAGAAAUAAUGCUUACAAAUAAAAAUGGACAA